AUGUCACGCCGGAAGCAGAAGCGACCCCAGCAUCUAGUUAACGCGGAUCCGGGGGGCCCGAGGCUGCUAUCUCACGAUGAUCAUCUGGGCAUGAAAUCCCCAUCCACUUCUCUUGGCUCAGAAGUGACCUCGUCAGGUUCCUCCUCCUCAUCCCCCACCUCUCUCCAAGACUGCCAGCCGCCUCUGGCCCCUCGCCCAUCUCCUGGUGGGCUCCACGCGCCCUCCUUGCCCAGCGAGAGCUCGCCUCCUCCCCACUGGCCCAGCCACAUUGCCCCCUUCACCACCUCCCUCCCAAACACCCACUCUUCCCUCUCCCCAGACUUUCCUCACCCCUCACUGUCAUCCCAGACUCACUCACCUCCUCCCUUGGGUCAAACCUCAGGUUCCCACAGCCUGUCCCACCAAGGAAACUCUCACUCCACCAUGACCUCCCCACCAAUGGGCAGCUCAGCCACCACCACUACCUCCUCCUCUUCCUCCUCCUCGUCCUCUCAGUGUGUGCAGCUGCACCGCGACAGCAUCAGUCCUUCUCAUCAGCAGCCCUCCGGCUCUCCGGGGCAGCAUGGACAAAUCCAUGUGUCGCCAACCCUGGCAAUACUCCUAGAGGAGCUGAGGGUUUUACAGCAGAGGCAAAUCCACCAGAUGCAGAUAACAGAGGAGAUCUGUCGGCACGUGCUAAGGCUCGGAGGUGCCGUCUUUGGACAAGAUAAUAACACACAGGCCAGUGGUGCAGACUGCAACCGUAAGUCUGCAGGAGCAGCAUCUUCCUCACCAACACACCCCUCCACUGCCACGCCAGUAACCCCAGCCUCAUUACUUUUGACUGGCCUUCCAUCUUCCCUCUUUCCCCAGCCCUCUGUCUCCAAAUCAGGUGCUUCACAUGUCAAUGGCAGCAGAGCUCAAUCCUCCUCUACCUCUUCCUCAUCUAUUUCAUCCAAUAUUAGCUCCUCUGUUGCCUCCCUGCACCCUCUGUCCUUGUCACUGGGACUACCACCUCGCUACCUCCACGAGAAAUCCUCCAACACCUCCUCGUUCGGUCAUAGCAAUGGUAUCAGUUUCUCGACUCCUCCCCUUCCUACCACCAGCCACUCCCAGGAUCUUCAGCCCAGCUCCUCUCUGGGCUCUGCCUCCUCAGCAGGACGCCCUCAACAUGUGUGCCGUUUUUGUGGGAAGGUGUUAAGCAGCGAUUCAUCACUCCAGAUCCAUCUGAGGUCGCAUACAGGGGAAAGGCCCUACCAGUGUCCAGUCUGCUUGAGCCGUUUUACAACCAGGGGGAACCUCAAAGCCCAUUUCUUGCGACACAGAGAGCAGAACCCAGAGCUGUCCCUCUCCCUGCUGCCCCCAGCACUGUCGGAGCAAACACAGAUCGUUCCUGUCCCUACCCAGAGGAGAAGAAAACGACGAGCUGAUGAUGAUGAGUCAUUUAAUGGAGUGAAAGGAAGCAUUCCUGGGAUGACAGAAAACAUGGCUUUAGGAUUCCUGUCUGGUGCAUCUGCCCGGCCCUCGCCUUCCUCUCUACCUCUGCCGCCAUCAGUGGACAUGGCGUUGUUAUCCACAGCCCAUUCACUGCUACAGCUGAACCGAGCCUCGGCUGCAGCUGCUGCCAACGCGUCAAGCACUGGACUGCCUUCUUCGUCUUCCUCCUCCUCCAUGGGCAGCCAGUUCAAAGGAGCAAAGCAGCAGCGGUUUGAUGAAAACACACCUCCUCACUCUGCCCUCCAUACAACCUCUCCAUACUCCCAGCUGGCCCACCUCCCCAAGAUUCUCUUCCCUGAAGGUACCUCCCCUCACCACCUUGCACUUCUACGGCCCCCAGGCCACCCAUCGGCCUCACACCUCACUUCGCCUCAUCAGCUACCUUUCCAGUUUCCACCUUUCCCCAAACCAUCAACCUCCUCCCCCUCCUCGUCCUCUCCCACCACCUCUACCCAGACUUCAGAGACCUCCAAGUUGCAGCGCCUGGUACAGAAGCUUGAAAGGGUGCGUCUUCUUCCUUCAGCUCCUCACAAACCCUUGCUGAAGCACAUGGCGACACACACGGCCAUGACCUGUCCACCACCUCAGUGCCUAUCGCAGGAAAUGUUGGCCGCUCUCGGCCUGAGCCCAAGUACCAAUGCUGCUGGACUGGGACUCUCAGGUUCUGGCACCGUGCAGGCUGCUAAUCAGUGUGGAGUGUGUCUGCGUGUCCUCAGCUGCCCCAGAGCGCUGCGAUUGCACCAAGCCACACAUCUGGGAGAGCGCCCGUUCCCUUGUAAACUAUGUGGCCGUUCCUUCUCCACGAAGGGCAGCCUUAGAGCCCACCUGGCCACUCACCGUGCAAGACCGGCUAACUCGCGUGCCUUGAACUCCUGCCCGCUGUGCCCACGUAAGUUCACCAAUGCCUUGGUUCUUCAGCACCAUAUCCGCUUGCACCUGGGAGGGCAAAUACCUCCUGACGAAGAUAUGCCUGCUGAAGACGCGGAAGAAACGGAGAAUGCUGUCUUCAAUGAGCGUGAGAAUAACUCCCCAUCUAAAGCUCAACAACUCCUUCCUCUGGCUUUAACAAUGCGCUCCAAGUCUCCAAUUGAUGCUCUAAACUCAGGGUCCACUUCUAAGAAAUCCACAGCUGCUGAUGCCACUUCUGAGCCGGAGGACCCCCUGCGUCUGAGAAACAACACCCUAGCUGAUGGUAGCCCCGUGAACAGCUCCAUGUUCUCUGAGGGGGAGACCCAUGCUGACCUGGGCAGCACUAGCCCUUUAAAAGCACCCAUAGAUGGUUCUCAUUCAGCUGUUUUGAAUGGAGAUGCAGAGGCAGAUGACACCCCUCUAUCCCUCUGUGUUUCCAAGCCUGUGUUAGAAAAUGACACGCUGCAUACAGAUGUUAAUAAUGAUGACGCCGGCUCCACAGACAAACCUACCACAAGUCCCGAUUCGAACCCCAAACCCCCAGCUGCAAAUGCUUCACCCACACUCAGCCCCCUUGCCAGCCCCAAAGCUAUCCCCGAAGCAGAAGAGGCCUGUGAAGGUGAACCACAGGAGGCACAAGAGAGAGAUGCUGCCCAAAGCAAUGGCAAGAGUGAGAGCACCACACCCAGAGAGCCUUUGCCAGUUUCGGAUCCAGAGCCGGAGAAGGAGGGUGGUAGCGUGCAAGAACCUUCAGAGGACCCAGAGCCCUCUGUCCCAGCACCAGCCCAGCCUCCUCGCUCUGAUAAACCCUACAGCUGCUCGAAGUGUGGAAAGGCAUACGCUAGCCGUAGCGGACUAAGGUAA